AAAUUAUAAAGGCGACCAAAUGGGAUCAGCUGUUUUCGCUACCGCUCUAAUUCUGUUUAAGUAGGCGAAAUAGCUCGGCGAACGGUGAAUGACAGCAUCGCCCAUUUCGGCGAAGUUUGCCGUUCGCCGGUAUUGUAUUUCAAGCAUAAUAUCAACAAUCCUAGUUUCAUCUCUAUUUGCGAACAAGGCGAAUUUGGUUAAUUCGCCUUGGUAGCAGAUUUUACAGGAAAAUGUGAAAAAAGUUUAAAUAUUAAAAAUAGUAAAAGCUUAAAGUAGACCCUACGCAAAGCACUGCUUAAUUUCCACGUGUUUCCCACUGUCAUGAAUUGUGCAUUUUCUUCGGCCGCCACCAGGAGCCCUUUUAGUAAAGCUUUUUCACACUUGCCUGCGGCAUUGAUCCAGCUGUGCAUCAUAGAGUAAAGGAAAUGGCUAACAACAUUGCCAUUCGGUGGCUCCGCCGCUACAAGUUAUUCUUUCUACUCGGACUUUUAAUAUUUGGUGUGCAGAUAUUUCUCGCCUUAAAAUCUUUAAACAUUUCCAGUUCAAAUGUUAUAACUGCAAAUGCAAAUUUGUUUUUGGAAACCAGAGCACCGACCUCUCAAAGUAAAAAGCAGUCUGUAGCCAACGGAGGUGCCAUUCACCAUUUUGCCAGUGAACAUGAUGCGACUACACUCUUACGACAUAAAGAAAUUAUAAAAAAUGAUCCCAAUAUCGAUGCUAAUUUUAGAUUUUCGGAGAAUGAUUCCCGUGGCGGUGUGGUAGAAUGUAAUAUUACUGCCAAGGAAGCUAUUUCUGCAAUGCAGCGAGCUAAAACUAAAGACUGUCGCAAGCAAAUUGCGCUUAUUGCCUGUGCCAUCCAGGCGGGCGAUUUUUAUGCUCAGAAGUUGCCCACUCACUGUCCUGCUGGGAAUUACACUCCUAAUGCCCCGCUUGGCUGCUUCCAGGAUGAAAAGGAUUAUAGAUUGCUGUCGGGAUAUUUUACAAAUUUGAAAUUAAGCAAUUCUCCACAAAAAUGCAUACGGCUCUGUCUUCAAUCGGGGUUUCCUUAUGCAGGAGUGCAGUACGCGACCGAAUGUUUCUGUGGCACAGAUGCUCCGCCCCUAACGUCGAAACUACCAGAUUCUAGAUGCAACAUGAAAUGCUCCGGCAACCCGCGUUAUAGUUGUGGGGGGUAUUUUACUAUUAACGUCUAUGAAACUGGAAUUGCAAAAUUUACGUCACAUAUUGCUGAAGCCAGAGUUACGAAACCUGACACUGAACGAGUACGGAUUGUAUUUUUGCUGACGCUUAAUGGUCGUGCUCUUCGACAAGUUCAUCGGUUAAUUAAAACGCUCUACUCCCCAGAACAUUUUUUCUAUAUUCAUGUGGAUGCGGUAAAUUAUGGUACAAACGAAAAAUGUCAUACGGCAACGGCAACAACAACUAGUACAGUGACAUGUUUUACUGCCUCUAUCGCGCCAAAAACAACAACAAACACACCGGUACCUGCCGACUGCACAGCGGUGUCAACAGCCCGGCCUAUUCUUGCUGCGCAAGCACAAAUUAACUUGAGUGCAAGCACUGGCGACAAAGGUAAAGCGCAAGAAAAGUUGAAAAACGAAACAACUAAAAAUGCGGCCAUACAGACUGGAAUGGACCGCUAUGUUACAGUAAUAAUAAAACUUAGUCCGCAAAAUUCAACGGGCAGGAGUUAUGGAAAUACAGAGAUACAAUAA